UUUCCAUAUCCAUAUCAUCCAUCGGACGUUGUUUUCGGCACCACGGACAGUGAUAAGAGUAUUAUCGGAUUGAUUGCUAUCUAUUAGUUACUUCGUGUUGGUCUUGAUUGCUACUUAGCAACACUCGGCCAGUAAUAUACGACAGUGAAGGAAACAUCGCGAUGACAGACAGUUUCUAGCAUCACGAUAUUUUCUCAGUUUUAUCUUCGUUCGUCUGGUAAAUAAUAGAUUAAUUAUAAGCAUUAUAAGCCAUCAACAGUAUGUCCUCCACCGGUUCGCGAGCGGAGCUCGCUUCAGUGAUUGAUGCCGACAUGGACGACAGUCGCUUCCGUAUCCGUCCUUAUCAACAGGUACUGUCGUCAUGCAGUGGAGCCUUGGUCACAUCACUGUUCAUGACCCCUUUGGAUGUGGUUAAAACUCGCCUACAAACCCAGCAGAAAAUGAUGCUGUCAAACAAAUGCUAUCUGUACUGCAACGGAUUGAUGGACCAUCUGUGUCCCUGCGGACCGAACGGAACGAUUUCCGCUAUGUCCAAACCGGCACUUCAUUUCAACGGCACGAUCGAUGCAUUUGUGAAGAUCAGUCGUUACGAGGGAGUACCAGCGCUCUGGUCCGGUCUCAGUCCGACGCUGGUGCUUGCGCUUCCCACAACCGUAAUCUAUUUCGUUGCUUACGAGCAGUUUCGCCUUCGACUGAAAGAAUUUUGGCUCAAACGAAAGGGCCCGAAUGCCGAACUGCCCCUCUGGCUUCCACUGUUGGCCGGUAGCUCUGCUCGGGUACUGGCCGUUACCAUCGUAAACCCACUGGAACUCAUUCGCACAAAGAUGCAAUCGGAAAAGCUUAGUUACAGCGAGGUUGGACGCGCCUUUCGAAGCAUGUUGAAAAUCCAAGGCAUCACAGGCUUGUGGAAGGGUUUCUUUCCCACCAUCUUGCGGGACGUACCGUUCAGUGGAAUCUACUGGACAACGUACGAAACCAUCAAAAAGCGCAGCAACGUAACCCAGCCCACGUUCGGUUUCAGUUUCAUGGGCGGAGCGAUUGCCGGCAGUGUGGCAGCUUUUCUCACCGUUCCGUUCGAUGUGGUAAAAACUCACCAGCAGAUCGAGUUUGGGGAAAAGUUUAUCUACGCAGAAAAUGGUGAGCGCAAAAAGUCAGCCAAAAGCACGGGAACAUUCGGAACGAUGCGAAAAAUCUACAUCAGCAAUGGGAUCAAAGGUCUGUUUGCUGGUUUAGCGCCUCGGCUGUUGAAAGUAGCUCCGGCUUGCGCGAUAAUGAUCGCAUCGUUCGAGUACGGUAAAAAUUUCUUCUAUAACUACAAUGUGACCCGAUAUCUGGCAAAGCAGCAGCGUGAAGCCGCGGCAACGGGGCUGCCCGUUGGUAAACCGAAAAGGGCGUCCUCGACAACGGUGGGCUGUUGAUCUGUGUGCGCGUUAACUGUGAAAAAUCUCACUGCUAGUAGGAGAGCACGCGAAGCGAGCUGAACUUUACGUAUUUUGUUGUAAUAAAUUAAGCGUUUGAUGAUUCUGUCGAACAGUAUGUUGU